GUCUGUUAUAUUGUGUAAAAUAUGUUAUAAACAUGCACAGAAUAAAGACAUAUUCGUUAGUUACCAUUCCGCACAUCACUACCAUCUGACGAUUUUACGGUCCUAAAACGAUUGCUUACUAUCUAAAGUCUAAUUAUUAUUACUAAUUAGUAUUAGUCUAGAAUCUACUAAUCUAGAGAUCUACUUACUUUUCUACUAAAUUACUAAAAUACUGUGUUAGUCGUGUAAGGAGCUCCUGAUAUGAUUAUGAGAUGAGAUUUGACACUGAAUAAUUUUUUAUAAUUUUAAUCUUAAUCUUAGUUAUAAGUAAAAAUGAUCAGAAUGAAUAAGCUUACCUAAUGUUAUAUCUUUUACUUUAGCUGCCUGUAUAAAUUAUUAGGUUAAAAAGCUUUGUCAUUAAUUUCCAUCGGGUCAAUUGCAAUGGAUGAACAAGGGCUCUUUAAAGUUCAUCACUCUCCAUGAUACUGAAAGUUUAAUCAUUCACAGGGUUCCACUAACAUGCAAGUCAAGCCGACGUCUGUCUUUUGCUUCUGGAUUUGAGUUGCCCAGAUUUCGUAAGCGAAAAUUGAAAAGCGAGAACAACGAGGACAACAUUAGUGUCACAAGUUUGAAUGUUAGUGGCAUAUCAGCAAAGAAAAAAUCUAAACAAACACUCCGAAGAGUUUCAGCCUCACUUGUUAAUCUGAUAUCACCAGGAAGACAAAAGCAUCCAGAGAACAAAAGCUUUAAAGUACCAUGUUCUCCCCGGCCACAAGUUGCUUCUCCAUACAAACUGCCACACCCAUCUCCAGCAAAAAGGAGGCAGCAGCUAACAUGGAUGGACACUUUGGGAGGAGCAAGUGGAAAAUCUUUACUCCAGCUAACCAGUACAGAUAUCAAAAGACAAGAGGCAAUCUAUGAGUUAUUUCAAGGUGAACGUGACAUGGUGGAAGAUUUGCUUCAUGUUACUAAGCUUUACAGAGACUCACUACUGACACUAGGCUUAAUGUCAAACCAUGAGGUCAACACAUUGUUUGGAAAUAUUGACCAACUUAUCCCAGUCCAUCAAGAAUUAUCGAGGAGAUUACAAGAAGAGAGAGAACCUGAUGGGACCACUCGUCAUGUGGGAAAACAGAUUUAUGACUGGGAUGCUAUUUGGCACGAUGGGGUGGGGGCCCUGAGAGCGCCCCUGUGCUUCUCUGACACAUGGACGGUCACCGAAGUGUGUUCUAACAUUAUUUCGUCAAGUCAACUCAGUGUCUACAUCACCUACUGUGCCAACCAAAUUCAAGCUAAAUCUAUAUUUGAUACCAAAAAGAAUGAGCCUGCAAUUGAGGAUUUUUUCCAAAGAUGUCUUGCCUCUCCUUUUAGUAGGAAGCUAGAUCUGUGGUCCUUAUUGGAUGGUGCCAAGGGAAGAUUUGUCAAAUACCCUCUUCUUAUUCACAGCAUACUAAAAUACACAACCAGUGAGAGUGAUGAUGCUGCUCAUUUAAAAAAAGCUAUAAAAAGGAUGGAGAAAAUGGUUGGAGAAGCCGAUUUGGCAACAGGUGUAUCAAGGUGUGAACAUUCCAAAUCCUUGCUGACCUAUUUAUACGAUGACCAGAAAGUUGCUGAGAUUGAGUUAUCUACUGCCCUGUUGUGUAGUGGCUGUAUGAAGAACUCCAAAGGAAGCAAACUGUAUGUGUUCCUGUUUGACAAAGUUGUAGUAGUGUCUAGAUCCAGCUUUCAGAGCAGCAAACAGCUCUUUCAGGUCUACAGACAACCUAUUCCUACUGGCCAAUUAAUAGUUGAAGAUCUUCCUGAUGGUGUGGUCAAGAUGGGCUCAUUUCGGAAUGCAUUUGGACAAGGGGGACAUACAGCAAAAAAUAUGAUCCGCUUAUCCUUCCAAGAUGCACAUAAAGGUCAUUCUCAUACUUUGAUUGCUAAUGAUGAACAUGACAAACGACAGUGGAUGCAGGCUUUCCAUAAAGUUACUUCUAAAAUUGUAGUUGUUCCAGAGGUUCAGGCUAAAGCGGGCAGUGACAAAUGAAAAGUCUGGCUAUGUUUUCUUAUUGUCAAACAUAAUUAUUUAACCUCAAGUAUUAGAGCCAAUCGUAUUAUUGCCUUUUAAAAAAAACCAUUGAUCUUUAAUCAGCUAUCAGUACCAUUUUACCUAUAGCUUUAAUCAACUUUUUUACACAGCCAUUUUGUUUUAUAUCACAUGUAAUUUUAGUGUGUUUUUAUUUAUCAAUGUAAUAUAUUGUGUAUACUAAUAUUUUUGAUAGUUUGAAGGUUUAAUAUUUUAUAUUUCACGCAUAAUGUUCCACAUUAAAUUAUGAUAAGCAUAUUCACUUUAGUAUAACUUACAUAAGGAAGUACACUGCAUAUAGAGAUCUUUUAUCAAUAUAGGAGUAAAGAAUUUUUUUUUUCAAUUUACCCUUAAAUUAUUGCCAUCUCCUUCUUAAGACAUCAUUUAAAUACCUGAUAACAUUGAAAAAGUUAAAUACCAAAAGUUGGGUAGCUAACGCUAAAAAUAUUUUGAUUGCUUGUGUGGGACUCUUGUAGAUUUGCAGGGCCUACUGUCUGUGUCCGUAUUUGUAUAUUAUUUUGUACAGAGAUUUGAAUAAAUUCAAAUGGAAUAUCUACAUACUGCACAAAUCAUAUAACUUUUCCAUUUGUAUUUAAGUAACAGAUCUUACUUAUACUGAUAUUUAUUUAUACUACACUUAUUUGAUAUUAUUUUUUCUGAAAAUUUGUAAAAAUUGGAUAGUGCCAAUUAUACUAACUACAUGUUUGCAGCUUUAUGAUUUAACCAUUUGCCUUGUCAAACUAUUAUUAGUAUGUGGUCAUCCACUAAUUACAUCCAUGCACACACAAAAAAUCUCCCCAUCCUCUCCUCUGCCUGUCCACAAAGCUGAUCCCUUUGUUUCUUCUCUCUUUCUCCCCCCACCCCCCCCCCCCCACCCCCCACACAUAAAUAGAUCUCUUUAAUUGGACACACUCAUCUUACAGAGGUCAACUCUCAUUCAGCAACAUGUAGUGGACGGUGCAAUGCUAAUCAAUUAUAAUGUUUAUUCAAUGUUUAUUCUUCAUAAAAAAUGUAGGCAACUGAUUAUUAAAUAGCACAAGUCAAAUUAA